AAGGCUUAAUUGCCUUUGUUCUUGCUUUUAGUUCAUGUAGCUGCUAUUUAGAGUUUUUCAUAUUAAACAACUGUUUAAUAAAAAAAAGGCUCUUGGGCAGAACUUACAGGAAUACAGUAGUGAAAUUUCCAAAGCAGUAGUUAAAUACCCACAAAAGACCAAAAUCAAAAGGUAUUCAUCUGUUUUUAAAGGCAAUGCAUAAAUAUGGCUAUUGCUUGUGGAGGUUUGGAUUUAUUUUAGUAGAAACUUUAAAUAAAUGUCACUUAAAAGCACAGUAUGCAGGGGAAGACAGAUGGUGUAGUUUAUUCAAGGAUUGAUCUAUUACUGUUUUAGAAUAAAGAAACCUAUCGCUUUUUAAUGACUGAAAUCUUGCAAAAUCAAAAUGGGAAAAAAAUUUGAAACAAGGCAGUUGUGAAAGCAGGGGGGAUAAUUAUUCACAGUAGCUAUUUGCUUGCAGGUUCUAGAUUGUUCUUUGAAGGAUAUAAAAUCUCAUAUUUUGUGAAGAAUAGUGGCAUAAUAUUAAUGUCAAAAGUCGCUGUCAGCUAAAUAAGGUGUGUUACUGUGAAUUGAGCAAAUACUAUAAUUAUGGGAACAAAUUCAUAGGAUCUUGGGGAGGCAGAAGAGUGUGGGAGACCAUUUCCAAGAUGCAGUGGAAUGGUAUUCAUUAUGCCCAAGCAGCGUCCUUAAGCCCAGACCAGCAGAGCACAAGGCAUGUCAGUGUUCACGCUGGCUAUUACUUCAAGAAAUGCCAUAUUUUUCAUUACAAACUCAUUGAACAAAUUGCAGAGGUAGGAUUGGCAGCAGGUCUGAAAUGCAGAAUUUGCUGUCCUUCUCCAGUCCUUACCCUAAAAUUAUCUGACUUUGAAAUUGAGUUUUUGUGCACUCUUUGAUCUAUUAAACAUGUGUUCUUUUUUUAUAGUGCCGGCACUUCAACAGGAUUGAUCCUUGUCAGCAGCUGAUGAUUAGUAGUCUUUUGAGAGAGAGUAGCUUGCUUUCUUUGGUUGACUCUGAUGUUCCGGUUAUGGAGUGAUUCCUUUCAUCCUCUGUAAACAAAAUAACAAGUGUUGACACUGACUAUCAACAGAGAUUGCUAUGAGUUCUUUGUUUUCCCACUGAAGUCAUAUUGGUUCUAACAUGGUACACACAGAUGGAAGCUUUGGGGUGGCUGACAGUUUGGGAGCUUUGGAUCUCCACAGUCUGCAGAAUAAGAAGAUAAGCAAGAAGAAAUUUUCACUUGCCUUCGUAGUAUUAUCAUUGAAAGAAAUGAGUAGGAUUUAUAAUUGCAGUUGGCUGGAAGUGCCAUGGGGAGAUGGAGAUUUAGGUUCUUGGGCAGAUCGCUCACCUCUGCAUGAGGCGGCCAGUCAAGGACGUCUUCUUUCUCUAAAGACUUUAUUGUCACAGGGGUACAAUGUAGACACACUAACAAUUGACCAAGUAACUCCACUUCACGAAGCCUGCCUGGGAGAUCAUGUAGGAUGUGCAAGAAUCCUCCUUGAAGCAGGAGCAAAUGUAAAUGCUACAACAAUUGAUGGAGUGACACCUUUAUUUAAUGCCUGUUCGAGGGGCAGUGCAGCAUGUGCUGAGCUCCUGUUACAGUAUGGUGCCAAAGCUCAGUGGGAGUCCUGUCUGCCAUCACCAACACAUGAAGCAGCCAGCAGAGGUCACAGUGAAUGUCUGGAGGUACUGCUAUCCUGGGGUAUAGAUGUUGACCAAGAUCUUCCUCAUUUAGGAACACCUCUGUAUGUAGCUUGUGUUUCACAGCAGAUCCAUUGUAUUCGAAAACUUCUUUAUGCAGGUGCCAAUGUGCAGAAAGGAAAGCAUUUGCAAACUCCACUCCACGCUGCUGCCCAGCAUUCUAGUACAGAGAUUGUAAACUUACUCCUUGAAUUUGGGGCAGACAUAAAUGCCAAAAAUUCAGAUUUUGAGAGGCCUGUUGAUUUAGCUGCCCCAAGCAGUUUAGUGGAGAGACUACUGCUGUUUCAUGAAGCCACACCAUCCUCUCUUUGUCAGCUCUGCCGACUAUGUAUCCGAAAUUACAUAGGAAGAGCUAGACUGCAUCUUGUUCCACAACUCCAGUUGCCAACAAUACUUAAGAAUUUCUUACAGUACAGAUAACAUAGUAAUUAAUCGUUAGAAACUUAAAUAUAGCGAGUACUUUUUCUUCUCUCUGUUCAUUGUACAUUUUAUCUAAAGAACUGCUGGGCAGAAAAAAAAAAAGCCUUUUGCGUAUUGCUUAAAAAAAUUGUAUCUUUGACACCUGGUGUUGGUAAUGUAAUAGUAAUUGGGAGCCAUUCAGCAACUAGUGCCAAGGUGCUAAUCCAGCUGAAUUGAAUAAGUGUGCUGAUACUCUGGGACAUGACUGUAUAACUUUAUCUUAACCUUUAAUAGCUUUAGUGCUGUUAACUUUAAUUGUGUUUAUGUUUUUAAAAUCUGUUUGACACACCUGAACCACAAAGAGUUUCUUCAUUAUUAGUAUUUAAGUUUUUCCACUUGGAGUCAGUAUUUUAUGUGUUUUUAAAUUUCUGUUGUUCAUGUACCUAAAAAUACUUAGUGAUGGGUGCACUAUAUACAUUGAUAAGAAUAAAACAAUUAGACGUCAAUUCUUUUUUUCUUUUAUAUAGACAACUCAUUAAUCACAGUGAGAAACUUUCUUUAGUCUUCCUCAUUGCCUGUGCUGUGAAUUGUAAUUAAACUGAUAUGAAUAUAACCUCAAUUUUUUAUAGAAAUCUGUUUAUUGGUACAAUUAGUAACUUAUUUCUCAAAAAUCUUAAUGCAGAGAUUCUUUUGAUCUCCUCUUGUAAAACAGAAUUAUAUGGGCACUUCCCUUAUCUUUUCGUAACAGUUCUGUAUCAUAAGCGUUUAAUGAGCAUAUUAAAUAAUUAUUUUAAUGUAUAGUA